UCCCGGCCCCGCCGCUGCGGGGGCCCCUCCGCGGUUCGGGUCCAGGGGGCGCCCGGGCCGGGCCGGCGGGGGGAGAACGGGCACGGAGCUGCCCCCGCCCGCUCGGGGCUCCCCGCCGCGGCGCGGGGAUGCUCGGGGCUGGCGGGGCCGCGGGCGCGUUCGCGCUGCUGCUGCUGCCGCUGCUGCUGCCCCGGGCCGCCCGCGGGGUCGCGGUGUGCGGGCUCUGCCCGGGGCCGCCGCGGAACGGCUCCAUCGUGGCCCGGUUCUGUGAGUCCCGGCGCGACACCGAGAGCGACGGGCGCUGCUGCCGGGAGCGGGGCCCGACCCCAGGGCGGCUUCUGGGGCUGGACCUGAGCAACUGCUCCCUGCACAGUGUCCCCCCGGGACUGGCCGAGGCCACCACUGCCAUCGUCCUGGACUUGACCGAGAACCCGCUGACAACUCUCCCCAACGGUUCCUUCCUGGGCUUCAUCCACCUGCAGAGCCUCGCGGUGCCGCUGGCGCUGCAGUGCCCAGGCGGGAGCGACGCCUGGCAGGACGUGACGGCGGACAGGAGCAGCCGGCUGUGCCAGGGACAGAGGAACGCCUGCAACAGCUCUGUGGGGCUCGCCUGGCCAUGUCCUGAAAACUCUGUGUGUGCCCCUGACGGCCCCGGCCUCAUCCAGUGCCUCUGUGCCAGUCCCUUCCAUGGCUACAAGUGCCUGCGUGAGGACACGUUCCCGAUGCUUCUCUUUGGAGGAAUCCUGGGCACUGCCACCGUGUCCCUGUCCCUGCUGCUGUGGGGCACCCAGCGGAGGAAGGCCAAGACCCCCUGAGCAGGGCAGGGGGCCGUGCCUGGGCUGGAAGCUCUGUGGCCAGAGGAUCAAUAAAGCUGCAGGUCCUCA